CUUAUCCAUAUAUGUUGGUGGCUACCGACACGUUGAUGCAAUCAAAUGGCCGUGGGAGUCUCGACGGCGCCAAUCCCCACCAUAAUUCUCCGCCAUCGUCUCUGCGUUCCUCUCUCUCCUUCCGCCUCGUCUCCGGCGAGCCUCCCCUUUCUCCGCCCUCAAAGUAGGCAACGCUCUCCGGUCUCGAUGUCGCGCGCUGGCGAUUCCUCCUCUUCCUCCUCCUCCGCCUCUUGUCCACCUACCGGAAUACUAAAUGAUGGUGGACUAAAAAUAACAUCUCCUGGUGUAAUUGGACAAAAUGAUUUAUUAAUUGUGGGACCCGGUGUUCUUGGUCGCAUCGUGGCUGAGAAGUGGCAUAAGGAACAUCCAGCUUGUCAGAUUUUUGGAUACACGAUGACCACAGAUCAUCAUGAUGAAUUGAUCAAGCUUGGGAUCAUUCCUUCUUUGAAGAAAUCAGAGCCUACUAACAAAUUUCCUUAUGUUAUAUUCUGCGCGCCUCCAACUCGGACCCCAGAUUACCCUGGUGAUGUCAGAUUAGCAGCAUCAAACUGGAGUGGUGAAGGUUCUUUCCUGUUUACAUCAAGUUCUGCCGUAUAUGAUUGCAGCGAUAACGGUUUUUGUAAUGAGGACUCUCCUGUGGUGCCUGUUGGUAGAAGUCCGCGGACUGAUGUCCUUCUAAAAGCAGAAAAGGAAGCUCUCGACAUUGGGGGGUGUGUUGUAAGGCUAGCAGGGCUAUAUAAAGAAGAUAGAGGUGCUCAUGUGUAUUGGUUGGAUAAAGGAACGGUUGAUGCUCUUCCGGAUCAUGUACUAAACCUUAUCCAUUAUGAGGAUGCUGCUUCCCUUUCAAUCGCAAUCAUGAAAAAGAAGCUUCGAGGUCGAGUCUUCCUCGGCUGUGACAAUCAUCCUUUAUCGAGGCAGGAAAUUAUGGAUCAUGUGAACCGAAGUGGAAAGUUCAGCAAGAAGUUCUUGGGAUUUACAGGAACCGAUGGUCCAUUGGGGAAGAGGAUGAAUAACUCAAAAACUCGUGCCGAGAUUGGAUGGGAACCAAAAUUCACAAGCUUUCCCCAAUUUCUGAAUUUGCUAUGAUCUUCACCCCUUUUUCUUGCCAUUUUUCAGUUUUUUUUUUAUUCUUUCAGAUGAUUUCGAUCUGUUGUGUAAAAAGAAAGCAAUUUAAUUUCCCCUUCUCUUAAAUGGGUAGAUGAGUGUUCUUCCUGUUGUCAAUACCCAGUAAGAAGCCUGUUACUGAUGGUCAUACUUGUGGAUUUCUGUGUGCACAUUGAUCAAUAAGUUGCUCUCCUGUCUUAGGACUUGA